CAGUUCUUAGUGAAAUAGGGGAAACAGCCUGAACAAAAAAAAAACACUCUAAGAAACUGUGGCGUUUGAUCGAGCCGUUUGAUCUGAUAAAUUUCGAAACUUUUUUUUUUUUUUUUUGCGGUUUGAUGAUUGGAUUUUGUUGAGGGAGAUCGGAGAUGUUGUCGAUGCAAAACGGAGUGGGGAUCUCUAGGGCUGCUCCGUACGGUACCGGAGUCGUCGAUAGAUCUAAUGAUACCUCCAACGCGGAGGCGGUGGCUGCUGGCAAAGCCGCCGUUUAUGCGGUAAAGCCGGAGCCGGCUUCUUCGCUCGGUAUUGUGCUUCAUAAAGGACAUGAUUCACAUGAAGUUGAUGAAGAUAUGCACUUGGCUCUAGCUCAUCAAAUGUAUAAAUCCGGAAACUACAAAGAAGCAUUGGAUCAUAGCAAUGCUGUUUAUGAUCAAAACCCGCUUCAUACUGAUAAUCUGCUUCUUUUGGGUGCUAUCUAUUAUCAGUUGCAAGAUUAUGAUAUGUGCAUUACCAAAAAUGAAGAAGCACUUCAAAUUGAUCCUCGUUUCGCUGAGUGUUAUGGGAACAUGGCAAAUGCUUGGAAGGAAAAAGGCGAUAUUGAUGUUGCCAUUCGUUACUAUAUGAUUGCAAUUGAGCUUCGACCAAACUUUGCUGAUGCAUGGUCAAAUUUAGCUAGUGCUUACAUGCGAAAAGGAAGAUUUAAUGAGGCUGCACAGUGUUGCCGUCAGGCGCUGCAAUUAAAUCCUCUUUUGGUUGAUGCUCAUAGUAACCUUGGAAAUCUAAUGAAGGCACAAGGGCUGGUGCAAGAAGCUUACAGUUGCUACCUUGAGGCUUUACGGAUACAGCCAACGUUUGCCAUUGCAUGGUCAAAUCUUGCGGGUCUUUUCAUGGAUUCGGGUGACUUAAAUAGAGCACUUCAGUAUUACAAGGAAGCUGUUAAACUCAAGCCCACAUUUCCUGAUGCCUAUUUAAAUCUUGGGAAUAUAUACAAGGCUUUGGGGAUGCCUCAGGAGGCUAUUGUUUGUUAUCAGCGUGCUGUUCAGACUCGGCCAAACAAUCCAAUAGCUUUGGGGAAUCUGGCUAGUACGUACUAUGAACGAGGUCAACUGGAUCUGGCAAUCCUCCAUUAUAAGCAAGCUAUUGCCUCUGACCGAAGAUUUUUGGAGGCUUACAACAAUUUGGGAAAUGCAUUGAAAGAUGUGGGCCAUGUUGAUGAGGCAAUUCAAUGCUAUAACCAAUGUCUCACAUUGCAACCUAAUCAUCCACAAGCUCUUACGAACCUUGGGAACAUAUAUAUGGAAUGGAACAUGGUUGCUGCUGCCACUUCGUACUAUAAGGCUACAUUGGCUGUCACAACAGGGCUGUCUGCUCCAUUCAACAACCUUGCUGUAAUCUAUAAGCAACAGGGAAAUUACGUGGAAGCUAUUUCUUGUUACAAUGAGGUUUUGCGGAUUGAUCCUUUGGCAGCUGAUGGGCUUGUAAAUAGGGGUAACACUUACAAGGAGAUUGGUAGAGUGAGUGAAGCAAUUCAAGAUUAUAUUCGUGCUAUUAAUAUCCGGCCAAAUAUGGCUGAAGCCCAUGCAAAUCUGGCUUCUGCUUAUAAGGAUAGUGGACAUGUGGAGGCUGCUGUUAAAAGCUAUAAGCAGGCAUUGCUUCUUCGACAAGAGUUUCCUGAAGCAACUUGUAACCUUCUACAUACAUUACAGUGUGUGUGCAGCUGGGAGGAUCGUGAUAAAAUGUUUACUGAAGUUGAAGGCAUUAUCCGAAGGCAGAUUAAUAUGUCAGUUCUUCCUAGUGUGCAACCUUUCCAUGCCAUUGCAUAUCCCAUUGAUCCGAUGCUUGCACUUGAUAUAAGUUGUAAAUAUGCUGCUCAUUGCUCCAUGAUUGCAUCUCGUUUUGCUCUCCCUUCUUUCAACCAUCCUGCUCCAAUUCCUAUUAAGCGCAAUGGUGGAAAUGAGAGGCUAAGAGUCGGUUAUGUGAGCAGUGACUUCGGCAAUCACCCCUUGUCACACCUCAUGGGAUCAGUGUUUGGCAUGCACAACAGGGAGAAUGUUGAGGUAUAUUGCUAUGCCUUGAGUCAAAAUGAUGGCACUGAAUGGAGACAGCGUAUCCAGUCAGAAGCUGAGCAUUUUAUAGAUGUCUCAGCCAUGUCAUCAGAUGUGAUUGCCAAAAUGAUUAAUGAGGAUGGAAUACAAAUCCUUAUCAACCUGAAUGGUUAUACUAAGGGGGCGAGGAAUGAAAUUUUUGCCAUGCAGCCUGCACCUAUACAGGUUUCAUACAUGGGAUUUCCUGGGACUACUGGGGCAAAUUACAUUGAUUACUUGGUCACUGAUGAGUUUGUUUCACCUUUGCGCUAUUCACGUAUUUAUUCUGAGAAGCUUGUCCAUCUCCCUCAUUGCUACUUUGUUAAUGAUUAUAAGCAGAAAAAUCGUGAUGUGUUGGAUCCAACUUGUCAGCUCAAGCGAUCUGAUUAUGGUCUUCCAGAAGAUAAAUUUAUUUUUGCAUGCUUCAACCAAUUGUAUAAAAUGGAUCCUGAAAUCUUUAAUACUUGGUGUAAUAUUCUUAAGCGUGUACCAAAUAGUGCACUUUGGCUCCUCAGAUUCCCAGCUGCUGGAGAAAUGAGACUGCGAGCAUAUGCUAUCGCACAAGGUGUACAGCCUGAACAAAUUAUUUUCACAGAUGUUGCAAUGAAACAUGAACAUAUCAGGCGCAGUGCUUUAGCUGAUCUAUUUCUCGACACGCCUUUAUGCAAUGCACAUACCACUGGAACAGAUGUAUUGUGGGCUGGUUUACCGAUUGUGACUCUGCCUCUUGAGAAAAUGGCUACAAGGGUUGCUGGAUCACUUUGUCUAGCCACUGGUUUGGGGGAGGAGAUGAUUGUGAACAGUAUGAAGGAAUAUGAGGAAAGGGCCGUCUCUUUGGCAUUAAACAGACCGAAACUCCUGGCUCUCACAAAUAAACUCAAGGCGGCUCGUUUAACUUGCCCUCUCUUUGACACAGCACGCUGGGUGCGGAAUCUGGAGAGGUCAUACUUCAAAAUGUGGAGUCUUUAUUGCUCAGGGCAGCAGCCCCAGCAUUUCAAAGUCACUGAAAAUGACUUUGGUUUCCCUUAUGAUAGAUAGGACCAAACGGGGAUUGUAGAUAAGAUUCAGAGGAUAUAGGAAAAAAAAAAUUUCCUUAGUAAAAAGAUUGUUGAGGGUUUAUUCAAAAUAGAGAUGUGUUUCUGAUAUUUUUAUGCAGAUGCAUAAAAAUCUCUGUAUUGCCCUAAAUUUAAACAAGUGGCAAAGACUAAAAAGUUCUGGCAGAAGAAAUGAAAUUACUACUACAAUUUUUAUUUA